GGAAGGGACCGUAUUUUCAGGGCAACCCAGUACGCUUGUGCUUUGUCUGUAUAUUCUCUCCGAAACAACUGCGAGCAAAGAGACCUUGUAGAUAUACUUAAGAGUCUGGAAGCCAACAUGAAUGCUGGACGAAAGUGUGUUCCAAGUGCUGGAGUACUUGCUACCUCCUCUGUCUGCAUAAAAACAGUGUCUGGAACACACUGUGGUACUAUACCCUUGUGAACAUCAGUUGAACAGCGUUGUACUGGAGAAUGUAAUUUGUUGCUACAGAAGUGGCAACAAAAAAGGGAUUGGAAGAGAGACAGACCAUCUUAACUAAGACUUAAAAAUGUAGGUUUUUCCUCCAGAGAAAUUGGAGUGUUCUAAAACAGUAGUGUAUAUUUCUGUGAUACAACUACAGUGAUCUGUGUUCGGGAAUUUGCCAUUCCAGAUGAUGUACAUGGAUCUAACAUCAUUUAAAAGGUAAUCAAUCGAUUGCAUCGAUACUAGAAAAAAAGCAUUGGAUUUAAGCAUGGCGGGCUUUAUAUGGAUGGUUUUUUUUUAGCACUUUUAAUGAUAAAUACGUUAAACAUUACUCGAGUCAGUCUACCCGUCUGAAGUCAUCAUCACGAGCCAGCAUACAACAAAACAGAUGGCAGAGGACAAGCCGGGGAGCGAUAAAUAAUUGAGCCAGCGCUGUGGUCCAGUGUGUGGAAACACAAAGAGGGAGUUGUUCUGAAUAAGUCCAAAUGAGUCACCUCCUUGUAAGAAGAAAGCCUUAGAUGCACUGUUUGGCGAUUCCUUCACCCAAAGAGAAAGAAAAUCCACAAGCGAGACAGCUAGUGCAGAGGCGAUAAAAUAUCGACCAAAAGAUAUAUUGCCUUUGACUGAAAAUGCCAUGAAGUGGUGGAGAUCUCAGAGGAUAAAGAUAAAGAGCUAACUCUACCUACCCUUGCUAAAUGCUACCUGUGUGUUCCCGGCACCAGUGUGCCAGCAGAGCGAGUUUUUAGUGCUGCUGGCGACAAAGUGAACACACAGAAAAGUGUUCUGUGGCCAGAUGAUGUUGAUCAGUUGAUAUUUUUGAAAAAAAACCCUGUAGAGUCAUUGAAGAAUAGUUGGUUACACUUGAUCUUUUGUAAAAGAUUAGUGCACUGCUGUUUGUUUAUUAAGAUGAAAGAAGUAGCAGUUCAACCACUGCUCACUUAACCUGAAGAGAAGUUGGUUGCACUUUAUUUUUGAUAUUAAUGAUGUAUAAUAUUAUUUCUAUGUUGAAAAACAACAGCAAAAAUUGCAGUUAAACCUAUUGUUAAUUUAACAACAAAAAAAAAAACAAAAGGAGAAGUAGCAGGUAAAUCAAUUGUUGAAAUGUUGCUUGCACUCACUGUACUUUUAUUGAAAAUUGAUGGAAUAUUGAAAAUGAGAGCAGGUUAACCUCCUGUUAGCUCCCAUUAAUUGUUGUUUACUUGUUUGAGUCUCUUACAAAAAUCAGUGGGAAUCUAGUAAACUUCACCUGCACUGUCCAGUAUCCAGGUAUUUAUUCACAGUCAGACUGGUUGAAUUUUUGGCUAAAAAGUUACUGAAUCGUUUUAAAGUUACUGAAUCGUUUUGGAUCGUAUCGUUUUAAAUGAACCAAUAUCUUCCUUGAACCGUAUCGGCAACCACCAAUCGUGAUAUGAAUGGAAUUGUUAUUAUAACAAAUCAUUACACCCCUGCCUGUGGGGAAACGCUGCUGACUUUUAGGGAAUCCGUUGUCUUUAAUCUUGUAGAGAUGAGAACAUGUACUGUAUACACUGGUAUCCUUUCUGAGGUGCGCCUCAUCUUUGCCAUAUACGUAAAUGCAUUGUGAUAAAAAAGGUUCUCCAGCAGGGGAAUGGCCUGCAUGAAAAUGAAGGUGCAGCUGGGUCAACCAAUAAAGACCUUUUCCUUUAAUGACGCCGACGUGAAGAAAGCGAAGAAAAAUAGGCCAAGCUCUGUUGGCGAAGCACUUAAUUAUCCUCUCCAGUGCGUCCCAGCCACAGCCUUGAGGCUCACCUGCCUCUAAGGCCUGAGGCUUGUGACUUUGGGUCACUGUGGGAAAGAUGUCUUACAAUUUGAUAAGUUCAUGCUUGUGGAUGAUGUACACUGCAGGCUGAUAGCAAACACACACACACACGCGCACGCACGCAGGGGUAAGUCACUGUAGUUGGUAAUCACGGUGAAGACUGCCUUCUUUCAGCAAACCACAAUACAGUGACAUGUAUUGGACAUUGGCUUACAUGUUGUCAAGCUUUAUUGUGCUCCCCUGGCGUGUUCAUUACUGCUCUCUUUCUCUUCUCUCUUUGUCAGUGUUGAGGCUGGGGAAUGCAAUAAAUUCCAUUGAAGCUGCCAAGCGGGCUGUGCGACUCUCAGACCGAGUGCUCUGCCUUUGUCUUACCGCAGCCAACAUCUACCGUGCACUCUACUUUCUCUGCGACAACACACUGUGGGCGGGGAACGUGGGCCUUAUCCGCGGUAUCGACAAGGAACGCUGGAGCUUUAACGCCUCUCUUUACUACCUGCUAUCGCUCAUUACGAGCCUGACCAGAGAUGUUUAUGUCAUCUGGCAGUUGAUGGCACAGAGAGCGCGAGAUAAGUGCUUCAGGCAGAAGAUGGAAACGCAUCUCAAUGAGAGUCCUGAAGUAGCUGACGUUAUAAUCCCGCAGUUGGAUGCUUUUCUCUUUCUGCUGCUGCACAGCUUAAAAUCACAGCCGUCUGUCAUCUUGGAUACCAUCAAAAACAUUUGCGAUCUGUCCCUGCCCUUGGACAAGUUGGGUAUCUACAAGACAAACGCAGGCGUGAUUGCGUUUUGUGGCCUGGUAUCCUCGCUGAUCGGGAUUGUGACGCUCAUACAGCCCAAGUUGAAAAUCAAACCGUGAUGUGUCGUUGUAUGGCUCAAACUACUGCAGAUAGUUUAAUUACGCUCUGUCAUCUGCCAACAGAUUAAUCUUGUAGGCUUAGCGAUGAGACAAUCAUACCUGGUGUACUUUCAUUAGUGUUAAGGUUAUGUCCUUUUUCCACAACAUGGGACCUACUUGUACCUACAACGCAGGUACUACCAGGUACUAUUUCUAGUACCUGCACUGCUGAAGUACUACAUUGGUGAUGUAAACCGCUGCUGGUCGCUCAUUAGUUCAGCAAAUUCAUUGUCAGCAGGUCAACACCUGCUUACCCAGCUGAUUUAUGCUCUACAGCAGGGGUGUCCGAAGUACGGCCCACAGCACACUCUAAAAAAUAGGAUAAACAAAACAAGAAAACUAAAAUAAACAACAGCAAUACAGUGGAACCUCGGUUAGUGUGAUUAAUCUGUUCCAGAACGUCCGACUCAAACUGAAACGUUUGAGUCUAACCGAGUCAAUUUUCCCUUAAGAAAUAAUGGAUAUACAAUUAAUCUGUUUCGGACACCCAAAAAUGUUAACAGAAAACACUUUUUUUGUAGUUGUACAAUUAUACGUUUUCAGAAAACAAUUAGAAAUGCAUAUAAAUGACAAAUGAAGGGGAUAAAUGAACAUUUAAGUUUACUUUUACCUUGAUUGGAUGGCAAUGAUGAACAGUGACGGAGGAGAAGAGAGAUCCACACGGACACUGCCUUCAUGUUUUGCUAGGAGUUGUUUCUUGAAUUCAGUAGUGUUUGUCACCUUCCUUAUCAAAGUGCUGGCGCUUACAGCUUUAUUUACAUCCAUUGUGGGUUAUUCUGCAGCCGUAAUCAAUGAGAAAAGCAGAGACUUUUGGCGUAACUGUGUUAGUUAGCAAAGAACUACAGAGUCAACCACUGAUGACGCCAUAGACGGGCGACGGGGAUGCGGGACAAUGAUUUCCAGUUCCGGUUUCCAUUUUUGCAACAUAUUAACAAUUUGUAUUACAGAUACGUUACAAGUACAGUUGGCCUGACGCAGAGUAUUAAUAACACGACAAGAUGCACACGGUAUUGCACGCUAAACAGGAAAUGUAGGUGAACCGAGGCAAACUUUUUGCGUGAAUUUUCGUCAUAAACCGAAAAACACGCUAACCGAGGUUCCACUGUACUCGAACUUUUUAGCAUAUAUACACGGUUGCUUUUAGCCUGUUUAUAAAAUAGAAAAUGACAACCGAAUCGUUUGAUUUUUCAGUAUGUUACACUGGGUGGAAAAAGUUUGGACACCCCUGCUGUACAGUCUCCACUUGGCUGCAGCAGUCCAGUUUUCUUGCUGCCCUCAGUCACGUAUUGUAUAAAAUGUGUCUCCUACCAUGAAAACUUAAAAUGUGUAUCCACUGUUGUUGUUUGAUAGCAUGUCCAGACCUGACUGUGACUGUUUUGGCAGUUUUAUCCGGUAUUAUUUGGAACUGGAACACCAACGGCCCCAAACAGAGUAGAGUCGGUACUGUGCAGUGGAAAAGGAUUAGGCAUUAAUAAGGGGAAGACAGCGGCCAGUAUUUGAUUUUAUGCAAUUUCAUAUUUUGAUUUUCUAUUUAAUUUAUUGACUGGGGACCUCGUUUGAAAUGACUUGAACAUAAAGAAAAUGGAACAAUAUACAGUAUCCUACUAUGGGUCAUCACUUCUGUCACUUCCUUGAUCUACCGUACUCUGGGAUAAAACGCUGCUAAAAAGGAACAAAAUAAUAAUUUUGUGUCUUCAGUGGGAGAAGUUAAUGUAGAAGAUUGAGGGUAUUAUGGCUUCUAAUUAAAUUUAGUGUCGACACAGCAAUGGCAGCCCGUAGGUGCUGGCCCAGGUCCACAUUCAUAGAGCUUUAUUGCACAGUAUUAUUUGAUUGUUCUGUAUUACUGUAUGUAUAACAAACCAGUUCUGUAUUUGAUGGUAGCUCAGUUGAGUUAAGUCAAAUUGCAAGGUAUUUUUUCAGUCUGCUCAACUGCAAUCAGUGUUUCUUGUCGCUUUUACGAUUUUCUUUUUCUAAAUCAAAGAACCACAAAGAGCCACAAAUCAAACCCAUAUAAAUCAAACCCGUAUAUUUGUGAUCACCUUGAGUGGCUCCAUUUUCAGGUUUUAAGGCAAAUUUUCACUGGCUAUUCUUUGUCUGAUUGGAAAAACAAGCGGAGGAUAUUUGAGCCAACAUCCUGAGACAGCUUUUGACAAGUUUUCCUUCAGCACUGCUCACUCAUCACUUUGGCUGUUCGGGUUGUUUGUUUUUUCCAUAAUUCCAUGUUUAUAAUGUGUACUUAACACUGAUUAUUAGUCAAUUACGCUGUAUCAUGUCAGAUCAUUCUUGUUUGACAAUAUGCAUGUGGCUUUUGAACAGAUUUGCAAAAUGACACAUUUUGUUGACCAUUCCAUUCUUUUAAAUGUGUAUUUUGUGUUUUAUUUACACGCAACUGUUCACAUGUUGAAUUGAAAAUAGCUUUAUUUUCAAUUGUCAUUUUAUGAGAUAAUACAUUUUUUGUUCCUUUCCUGAAAGCUUUUUCUCACGAGGAUGACAUUUGCAUCCCGCCAGCAAAAUUGCAAAAAAAUAUAUUCCCUUUCGCCGUACUUUCACGUGUUGAGGUUUUAUUGACAAUGCAAUGACAAAUCCUGUAAAAGAACAAAAAAAAAACACAAGAAAGAAAGAAAUAAAUACAUUUGUUCUCCUAGGAACAUACGAUGUUGUGAUUUCUGAUAAGACUAAAUGUUUUAUUCCACAUUCGCACGAGGCCAUGAUGUUCCAGGACCAGCAAAGCACACCUGUAACCAAUGUGGAGAAAACAAAAAUGGAUUUGCUUGGCAGAUCUAAUACAACUCAGGGCAUUCUUGUUUUUGAAUAUGGAUUUAUGCAAAUUAUGCACUAAAAUUUUCAAUAGAGUAUGCGGGAAGGCUUUUUCUCACUCUACCUGUUAUUUUUAUUGCAUUUGACAAGGCAGUAGAUUCAACAUAGCACUUUCAAUAGUGGCAACAGUGUGGAACUACCUGUGUAUAUACAACUAUUUUUAAACGUCUGUCAAUGAAAAGGCACACUUGUAUUUUGCUGCUUAAGAAAAUUUAAACUAUUCCUUCAUCAAAGUUUCACCAACAUCUUGGAUUGUAUUUAUGAUUACUGAGCAAGUUACUCAUUCAUUAUUUAUACUGGGUAAUGAAUUAUUAUUCCUUCAGUGGUUGAUGGAAUAGCCUCUA